ACGCAGAUCCCACGCGCUGCAGUUGUCAUUAGAAACCGACCGAGAUACAUGUUUUUGGAGCGAAAUAAGCUUUCUCUCGCCUCUGUGGAGAGGUAACAAUAGAUAUAUCCAAGGCUAUCAAAGACAAACCUACUGAAAGCUAUUCAACUACUGUAUUUUCAAACCACCGACACAGAGAUGAAUAGUCGCCUACAGGAGAUACGGGAAAAGCAGAAACUUAGACGCCAGCUAUUAGCGCAACAGUUGGGAGCAGAGAGUGCUGACAGUAUUGGUGCCGUUCUGAACAGCAAAGAUGAACUGAAGGAGAUCGAGGAGACUAGAGGGACAUGCAGGGCAUCGUUGGACACGGCCGGGACCUGCUCAAAGAGGAAGUCCCAGAUUGAUGGUGAGGACACUGAAGACGAUGUUGAGGAGCAGAAGGAUGAGGUGGAGGCCCCCCCCCCAGAUGAGAACAACCCUUAUGAAGAGGUCUAUAAGGACUCCAGCACCUUCCUGAAGGGUACCCAGAGUCUGAACCCCCAUAAUGACUACUGCCAACACUUUGUCGACACCGGGCACAGACCUCAGAACUUCAUCAGAGACGUUGGUCUGGCUGACAGAUUUGAAGAGUAUCCUAAACUGAGAGAGCUGAUCAGACUGAAGGAUGAACUCAUAUCAACCACCAACACUCCGCCCAUGUAUCUGCAGGCGGACCCAGAACACUUUGACCUGCGUGACCUGAAGUGUAAGUUUGACGUGAUCCUCCUGGAACCUCCCCUAGAGGAGUACUACCGAGAGUCAGGAAUCUCACACACCGAACGCUUCUGGAACUGGGACGAUAUAAUGAAGUUGGAGAUUGAGGAGAUAUCAGCACUGCGUUCCUUUGUCUUCCUCUGGUGUGGAUCGGGAGAGGGACUGGACCUGGGCAGAAUGUGUCUGAGGAAGUGGGGUUUCAGGCGUUGUGAAGACAUCUGCUGGAUCAAGACCAACAAGAAUAAUCCUGGAAAGACGAAAACCCUUGACCCCAAAGCUGUGUUUCAGAGGACCAAGGAACACUGUCUGAUGGGGAUUAAAGGCACAGUCCGCAGGUCAACAGAUGGAGAUUUCAUCCAUGCUAACGUGGAUAUUGACCUGAUCAUCACAGAGGAACCGGAGAUUGGCAACGUUGAGAAGCCGGUGGAGAUAUUCCACAUCAUAGAACACUUCUGUCUUGGUCGUCGCAGACUUCACCUUUUUGGAAGGGACUCCACCAUCAGACCAGGUUGGUUGACGGUGGGUCCAACUCUGACCAAUAGUAACUUCAAUGCAGAGGCUUACUCCUCCCACUUCUCCGUUCCACAGUCUCACCUCUCAGGUUGUACCGAGGAGAUAGAGCGCCUCCGCCCCAAGUCGCCUCCCUCCAAGCUGAAGUCGGAGCGAGGGGGAGGGUCGGCCCGUGGGGGCCGUGGGGGGCCUAAUGUGGGUCGUGGGGGUGACAGGGGCCGAGAGAGGAACAGGUCCUUUAGGGGGGACCGGGGAGGGUUCAGGGGUCGAGGAGGCCAACACAGAGGGUUUCCCCCCCGCUAGGGGGCAGGGGAGAGAUUGGAACACACUACCUCUAGAAGUGUGCACUCGUUCACUACAUGGCAUGGGUGUAAGAGCAGUGUGCACUCGUUCACUAUAUGGCAUGGGUGUAAGAGCAGUGUGCACUCGUUCACUAUAUGGCAUGGGUGUAAGAGCAGUGUGCACUCGUUCACUACAUGGCAUGGGUGUAAGAGCAGUGUGCACUCGUUCACUACAUGGCAUGGGUGUAAGAGCAGUGUGCACUCGUUCACUACAUGGCAUGGGUGUAAGAGCAGUGUGCACUCGUUCACUACAUGGCAUGGGUGUAAGAGCAGUGUACACUCGUUCACUACAUGGCAUGGGUGUAAGAGCAGUGUUGGAACUUAGCCACAUCUCUCUGUCCCACCAACCAACACACCGAUUGGUACGUCCUAUGAUUGAUUUGUUUUUAGUUUUAUACUUAUGUGCUCACUUCAUGGAGCUGUCUGAAGAUCCCAUGACAUGAUAAAUGAUUACAGCUGUCAGUAGCAAACCUCCAGGUAUGAAUGAAUGAAUGUUCUUCACCUUGUUGUAUUAAAGGAUGGGUUGUUUUUCCUCAGAUCUUUAAUCUGGUUUGAUGAUGUUAUGGGGAGAAUCUGUUUCCUGUGUUGAUGGGGCCCAGUAUGUCAGGUGACCACAUGGAAUGACUGUCUCCAGAUUCUGUGUGUGUGUGUGUGUGUGGACAUACACAAGCGUGCACGUAUGCAGCUUCACUAUCUUGAUUUAUGCAGAGAUGGACUCGAUGACAUUCCCAGUUGUCUUUGGUUGGUUGUUGAAGAAUGUCGAAAGUAUCACAGCCUUCUAACACUUGGCUGGGUCUGAAGACACAGCGAAUCAGAGACAGACAAGAAUGCUGUGGUCUUUUGAAAAUUGAAUGCUAUCGUCUACAGAGCUCAUAUUUGCUGUCUUUGGUGUUCGUUUUGUUAAUGAGGUACUAACGAAUAUGAAUCUUUAAUAUAAAGCUAACUCCAGCUCA